AUGUUGUCGAAGUCGGUCUUAACAAAAGUAAGGCUUCCUAAUUUGCCUAGAACAUUCACAUCAUUAUCAUCAUUAUCAGCUCCAAUACCACAACAAUCUCUUAAUUUUUUUCAAAAUAAAUCAUUACCAACAAAUACUAUUAUAAAAUUUGUACCACAACAACAAGCAUAUGUUAUAGAAAGAAUGGGUAAAUUUCAUAGAAUUUUACCACCAGGAUUAUCUAUUUUAUUUCCCAUAAUUGAUAAAAUUAGUUAUGUUCAAUCAUUAAAAGAAUCAGCUAUUGAAAUUCCAACUCAAAGUGCUAUAACAUCAGAUAAUGUAUCAUUAGAAUUAGAUGGUGUAUUAUAUGUUAAAGUUAUUGACCCCUACAAGGCAAGUUAUGGAGUUGAAGAUUUUCAAUUUGCAAUAAGUCAAUUAGCUCAAACAACAAUGAGAUCAGAAAUUGGUAAUAUGACAUUAGAUUCAGUAUUAAAAGAAAGACAAACUUUAAAUAAUAAUAUUAAUCGUGUUAUAAAUGAAGCUGCAAAUGAAAAUUGGGGAGUUGAAUGUUUGAGAUAUGAAAUUAGAGAUAUUCAUCCCCCCAAAAAUGUAGUUGAAGCAAUGCAUAGACAAGUUAGUGCAGAACGUAGUAAAAGAGCUGAAAUCUUGGAGAGUGAAGGUAAUAGACAAAGUAAAAUAAAUAUAAGUGAAGGUGAUAAACAAAGUAUAAUAUUACAAUCUGAAGCAAAUAAACAAGAACAAAUAAAUUUAGCUGAGGGUGAAGCAACAAAAAUCAAAUUAAAAGCUUUAGCCGUAGCAGAAAGUAUAAAAAAUAUUGCAUCUGCUAUAGAAAAUACACCUGGUGGUAAAAAAGCAGUAAAUUUACAAGUUGCUCAAGAUUAUAUAAAAGAAUUUGGAAAUUUAGCUAAAAAAUCAAAUACUAUUAUUAUACCUCAAAAUAUUGGUGAUAUAUCAAGUUUUAUGGCUCAAGGUUUAUCAAUUUAUAAAAAUUUAAAUUUAAAUGAAAAUUUGACUGAAAAUGAGAGUGAAAGUGAGAAUUCAAAUUCAAAUGAAACUUUAAAGUCAAUUGAAAAUGAAAUUAAAAAUUAA